AUGAAGGAUACAAUGAUGAAAUUUGCUUCUAGGUUGUCCUAUGAUUUGAUUCUAAAGAGUAAGCUUGUCUUAUUAAGCAAGGAUAUAGAUAUCUCUAAAUUGGUUAUGUAUAUACAGCUUUUUAAGGAAGAGAACAAAAAGCAAGUAAAGAUAGAGAAGAGGUUAUGUAAGCAGGUGCACCCUGAAUUUUGUGAAGAGGGAAGGAACAAGUGUUUUAAAUAUGGCCAGAUUGGUCAUAUGCAGAGAAAUUUUCCUUUAAAGGCUGCUUUAGGGACAAAUAAGAUUCAUGUUUCCACUUUAUCAGCUCCUACAACAAAGGGCGCUGCUUCAACUUCUGGUACAAUCAUUGGCAAGAAAUGCUUGUAUGCUCUUACUAACCACCAGGACUUUGAGGAAUCUCCCGAUGUUGUCACUAUUAAGUUAUGA